AUGUUGGCAGUGCAGCCCCGCCGCUGGCUGUCGCGGCCGAAAGGUCUGGUGAUAUUUGCAAUCACUGUUGCUUCUCUGUACUGGUUUCUACUGCAUGGCUACGGUGGCGGCUACACCAAAAGUUGGUACGGCGCUCAAGAUCACGACGGCGGCUCGAACGCUCCGUCCGUAGACAGCCCCAAGGCCCAGGAGCCCAUCAGCGCGCCCAGCGAGCCCAUCACCGAGGCCGAGACCCCCGAACAGAAGCAGGAGGUGUCCUCGUUACAAUACCUGGAUCUGAGCGACCCCAACAGUCCAACUUACGUAAAGAGCUUUGAAGAUAAGAUGAAAGAGGCAGAGGAUCAAAAGGAGGUAGCCCUCCGCGAACAAUUUGGCAUGGAACACGAGCAGCUUGGAAGGGAACCCGGUGCCGAUGCCUUCUAUGGCAAGACUCUCAUGACUUUGUCCACGACGAAGGACCGACCCGCAGAGAUGGAGGCUCAUCUGACCCCCGCCGACAACCUGACCUAUUUCAGCGCUCAACAACCAUACAUCCACAAUCCCUACCCCAACUACAACAAGAAGGCAUGGCUGGCCGAAAGAGCCAGGUACUCUCCGUGUGAGGGGCCUACAGGCGAGGAAGUGAGCGACAUCAUGGCAUUCAAAGGAUUACCCAAGGGCUUCCCUACCGCGGGUAUCGGUAGCUACAGCGUUCUCGGCAUCGAUGGGGAUUUGUGCUACGAGCGAGAGACGAGGCUCGGCAUGUACGGGUUCCAGAACGCGAACGACACAUCCAUACCGUCGGUCGACUGGGACAAUGUCCAAUGGGGCAGGCUACAAGAGAAGUGUGUCCAGAAGAACAAGGCGCGCUUCGGCCUGGUGGGCGAGCCGAACCCUUAUGUGACCUCGGUCUAUUCGCGGCAGAACACUACUCCAUGGGACGGGGCCGAGACUGACUAUGACCUUGACAACGCGCCCAAGCUUCCGGACCACGACGACAACCUGCGAAGAGGACAUAUGGCGGAUUAUCGAAGAGGACUACUAGGGAAGCCCGCUUCCGACAAGCCUAAAGUCAGCACGGAAUCCAGAACCGCCCUGUUGCUUCGCACGUACAUCGGCAAAGAGUACAAUGAGAACGACAAGCAGGCGAUCCGCGCGCUCAUCACUGAGCUUUCCUUGCGAACGGGUGGCCAGUACCAAGUGUUCCUAUUUGUCCAUGUCAAGGACAACGCCUAUGCGAUCUGGGAUGACGAGGCAACAUACCAGUACGUGCUCGAGAAGAACGUCCCCGCAGAGUUCAGGGACAUUGCGGUGCUGUGGAACGAUGAGGCAGUACAAGCCAUGUACCCCAGACUGAACCCCGAACAGGCCACUGUCCAUGUGGCACAGUGGCUUUCCGUUCAGAAGUUUGCCCAGGAAUUCCCCGAAUUCGACUACAUCUGGAACUGGGAGAUGGAUGCACGAAUCACUGGUCAUCAUUACGACUUCCUGGAGAAACUUGCCUCCUUCUCAAAACGACAGCCCCGUCGGGGUCUUUGGGAGCGCAACGAGCGCUACUACAUCCCUUCCCUUCACGGUGACUACGAUACGGACUUCCGAAAGGAUGUGGAGGAGCGCUCAGGAAAGGAGACAGUAUGGGGGCCCAUCGGUCUGCCUUUCAUCACCCCUGUUGGGCCCAAGCCUCCGGUCGAGAGGCCAGAGGAAGACGACUACAAAUGGGGAGUGGGCGAAGAGGCUGACCUCAUUACUGUUGCCCCGAUCUUCAACGUCAAGGACAGCGGCUGGAUUGGCGGGAAUGACUUGUGGGGAUUUAAUGAUUCCACCCAUGCAACCCAACAACUCCCACGCCGCGCCACUAUCGUGACGCAUUCGAGAAUCUCCAAGAAGCUCCUUGACAUCAUGCAUGUCGAAAACCUUCGAGGCAACCACAUUGCUUCUGAAAUGACCUGCCAAACUAUCGCGCUUCUGCACGGUCUCAAGACGGUGUACGCACCGAUGCCCAUCUUCUUUGACAGGGCAUGGAAAGGCAAGGACAUCGGCAGGUGGUUCAACAGCGGUCGAAAAGGCGAAAGUGGAGGCUUCAACUCGGCCAUGGGCUGGGGCCGUGAGGCCAGAUAUGGUGGUACCACCUGGUAUUACCGAGCCACACCUCCACAGCGGCUGUACAACAACCUGAUGGGCUACGAGGAUACCGGCAUCGGCGGCGAAACGUGGGAAGAGGAAAACGGACGCAUUUGCUUGCCAUCAAUUCUUAUGCACCCGAUCAAGGACGUUGCUCCCACGGAACCAGGCUUUGAGAGCGAUUCCCACCUGCCAUUUGGUUGA